UAUCCAAGUAUCAUGGCUUCUCCAAUAGAUCUACAUUUCCUUCUUUUAUCCAUUCUCCUCUUCGGUUCUAGUGUCUUAGUUCAAUCAAGAGUUCCUAAAAACGAAACUUUCCAAUUCAUAAACCAGGGUAAAUUUGGAGGAUUAAGUGUCGAAUAUUGGGCAGAUUACCGUAUCGUAGAAGCCGUUUAUGCAUACCCGUUCGGACUGUAUUUCUACAAUUCAAGUCCAAAUGCAUAUAUUCUCUCCAUAGGUGCAAGUCCACCACACAAAAUAUGGAUGAUGCCUUUUGUCUGGGAUGCUAAUCGCAACGACCCAGUUCGCGAAAAUUCCACUCUCACUUUUGGCCGUGACGGUAACUUAGUCCUUGCUGAUGUCGAUGGUCGUAUCGUUUGGCAAACUAACACGGCGAACAAAGGUGUUACUGGUAUUUCCAUGCAACCUAAUGGGAAUUUAGUACUUCAUGAUAAAUAUGGGAGGUUUGUUUGGCAGAGUUUUCAUCAUCCAAGUGAUACACUUUUAGCAGGUCAAUCACUUACGCUGAAAGGUGGUGAGAAACUCGUUAGUCGCACAGCAUAUCCGGAUGGUCGAGAGGGUCAACAUAGUAUUGUGGUCGACAAAAAAGGUUUGAUUAUAUAUUUGAACAAUUCAGGCAAUGUUCUUCAAUAUGCAGGUUGGGAAGCAAAAGGUCUUUCGAGUGUAACGUUCGAUUCGGUUCAUGAGGAAGAGCUUACUACCAGUUAUUUCUUAACCCUUGGUUUUGCAAAGCAAUACGCUCCCUCUAAAAGAAUUCUACUCAAGAAAGUGAAUUACAAUUAUUUGCAUUCAUUUCUUAGAAUAGAGUUUGAUGGAAACCUGAGACUUCAUACAGCUAAUACAGAACCUGAUUACAUGUCAUGGGGUGUCGAUUACGAGUACUUUGGAAAUACAGUGGAAGAAUGUGCAUUGUAUAGAAAAUGUGGUUUGACUGGGUUUUGUGAUAGGAGCAUAUGUGGUUCUUGCCCUCGUAAGGGUUCUUUAGGUUGUAUGAUCGAUCUAUGAACAAUAAGUAAAACAAUGUAGUUCAUUUAAUCCAUCAAUAAAUUUUACUGUAUUUGAAAUGAUGAUAUGAAAA